GCCUUGAACUUAAUCAAGCUUUAGAAAAAUUCAUUUCACCUACUAUUAAUCCACAUAUCUUAGCACAUAUAAUUCUUUAUUUUCAUACUCAAAAUCAACCUAAAUUCUCUAUUACACAAAUUCAACUCGAUUAUGAUUAA